GCCAAGAUGCCUGACAGGAGCUUCCGGCGGGGGGGCUGGGCCGGGCCGGGCCCGCGGGGACGGGCGGGGAGCGCGGCGGGAGGGGCGGCCCGGCCGGGGCUCCCGCGGAGCGUGCGGCGCCUGCGCCCGCCUCAGGCCUGAGGGGCGGCCCGGCCGAGGGCCCCGCGGAGCGACGCGCCGCCGCGGCUGAGAGCCCCGCCCGGCGCGGAGCCAUGGCCGCCGUGCUGGCCAAGCGCGAGGGGCCGCAGUUCAUCAGCGAGGCCGCCGUGCGGGGAAACGCCGCCAUCCUGGACUAUUGCCGGACCUCGGUCUCGGCCCUGUCGGGGGCCACGGCGGGGAUCCUGGGCCUGACCGGCCUGCACGGCUUCGUCUUCUACUUCCUGGCGUCCGUCCUCCUCUCCGUGCUCCUGGUGCUCAAGGCCGGACGGCGGUGGAACAAGUACUUUAAAUCCCGGCGGCCGCUCUUCACGGGGGGGCUGGUAGGAGGGCUCUUCACCUACGUCCUGUUCUGGACUUUCCUGUACGGGAUGGUCCAUGUCUACUGAGCCAGCCGGGAGCUGGGGCAGCUGCAGGGGCUCUCAAUGAAGCAGAAGGACUGUUGCCAAAAAAACAUCUGCCCAGCUGGGCCAGCUGAGCCUUGAAACCAUCGUUCACUGCUUGUGUUGUUAACACUGUCAGUAAAUUAUGUCCGAGUACAAAUAAAUCAGUAGAACUGUUCUAAUUAAACGGAAUGUGAAACAGCA